CGUCACUUCCGUAAACAAAGGGCAUUGUGGAGGCGAGAGGUCCGGGAUGUGACCCCGGCUCAAGCUGCAGCUGUAGCAUCGGCGGCUGCAGCUGCGGCGGUGGCUUCAGAGGCCCCGGGGUCCUUGCAGGUUGUGGAAGAGGACCCUGAUCCCCUUUUUCCUCAGGUCAUAAGAAGCUGGCCUUGGUGCAGUAAGGAACUUAAAACAAUGGAGGAGCGCAAAGUGAAGAGGAGGAGUCCUAAGUCUUUUAGUGCCCACUCUACUCAGGUUGUUAAUGCCAAAAAAAAUGCCAUUCCAGUUAGUAAAAGCACGGGGUUUUCAAAUCCUGCAUCACAGUCAACUUCACAGCGACCAAAGUUAAAAAGAGUGAUGAAAGAAAAGACCAAACCUCAGGGUGGAGAAGGCAAAGGCGCUCAAUCAAGCCCGAUCCAGCACUCCUUCCUCACCGAUGUCUCUGAUGUCCAGGAGAUGGAGAGGGGGCUCCUCAGCCUUUUGAAUGACUUCCACUCUGGAAAACUCCAAGCAUUCGGAAAUGAAUGUUCCAUUGAACAGAUGGAACAUGUUCGGGGAAUGCAGGAGAAAUUAGCUCGCUUGAAUUUGGAGCUCUGUGGGGAGUUAGAGGCGCUUCCUGAGGAUAAGAGAAAAGCAGCCAGUGACGCCAAUCUGGACAGGCUUCUGUCUGACCUAGAAGAAUUGAAUUCUUCCAUCCUUUCAAAUUUCUGUUCUCUAGAAAUUCUAGAGCUGCACUGUCCAAUAUGGCAGCCACUAGCCAAGUAACUACUGAGCACAUGAAGUGUUGGCAACAUGGAUUGACAUGUGCUUUAAGUAAAACAUGCACACCUAAUUUCAAAGAUUUAGAAUGAAAAGAUGUAAACUGUCUCAAUAUUUUUAUGAUUACAUGUUGAAAUGAUAAUUUCCUGAUUAUGAGUAUAAAU